AUGUCCCAAUCAUUCGCCGACCCGCCCUACCUGAUCAUGGUCCGCAUCAAUUGCGAGUUUCUCUACCAAAAGAGUCUCAUGGUCCUGCACAGAAAAUACAUGUCCCAAGAGGGCAACGAAACCUCUGAAACAUCCACCCGAACGUGUAUCGCCGCGGCCAUUGCUAUCGUACGCUGGUUCGCCGACUUACACGAGGAAUUCAAGCCUGGCGGGCAGCUGCAUCACGAGCGCUGGAUGUUGAGCUCGUUCACGAUGAAUGACUUCUUGCUUGCGGCAAUGAUCUUGUGUCUGGCGGUGAGUAAAUGGCGAAAGAAAAAUCAGAAUGCGGGAAGGAACAUUAGGGGAGAUUGGGAGGCGAAGGAGUGGUUUGAUAUGUUGGUGCGAAGUCAUGAUAUGUGCGUGGAGGAGGCGGAGAAGGGCAGUAAGGAGGGGAGGAAGGUUGCGGAGGCGUUGAACGUGAUGCUUGUUGCGUUGGUGCCGGAUGUAAGGUUGAAGUCGUUGGCACGAACUUCACCCAAAAGUCCAGAACGACCAGAGGCCAGCUCACGAGAGGACGCGAGUAUGGACUACUCCUACACUGCGUCUAGCCAUUCGAACGACGCCGCCGCUUCAUCUUCAGCAUCAACUUCUUUCUCCAACCCAUCUACGGCCCGCCAACAGUCGAUCCAGUCCCCACUGUCACAGAACCAGCAACAUGUGCAACCUCAACCAGACGCGAACGCCUUCGCAUUCAAUCCCACAGACGACCCCUUCUACCCCUUCCUCUCACCCACGACCCAGCCCGCAAAUAUCGACUGGGCAGCACUUGAUACAUUCUUGGCCCACCCUGGCAACGAUAUCGCCGCGGUGGCACCAGUCUUGGAUACCGGCUUCGGCUCUUUCCACGGCGAAUUCGCUGGCUUCCAAGGCGGUCUGAAUAUGUCUGCCGGCGCGAGUACGACGAAUGGCGGCGGCGCAACGACGGAUCUUGAGAACGGUCUCAAUAAUUUGAACUUGCCUUAUAGCGGGUACAGAUUCGCACAGCAGCAGCAGCCCACGCGGAACCAAGCCGAACAACCCGCCGCCACCAGCACAAGACGCAACAUGACCAGCAGCACAACAGCAACCUUCCCCCAUCCAGACCUCGCCGCAACCCCAACUGGCGACACACCAACAGCAUCAAGCUCAACCUCAUUGACCGCCCCACCCAACAACAAUCCAUCCACAGCAACAAGCACAUGGACCUCCCAACCGCUCCCCUACUUCGGCGGCCCCGACGGCUGGGUCGACGGACAAUGGCGGCUAGACACGCCCACGGGUAUGGAGUUCGCCAAAGCUGAGAUGCGGCGGAAGACUAGAGAGGAGGCGUGGGAGGCCGCGCAGGGCCCCGCUGGACCAAAAGGGGAAAGGACGCAUCAGGUGGCGGAGAUAGAGAAGGAUGGAUGGGAAUGA